AUGCUCAGUCACAGGGUGACAGAAAAAAACAGUCACCACCAUAAAAGGAUGUCUGCAUAGUCUCUCUUAAAACAACAUGCCACAGUUAACUUACUUCAGUUUGGGCAAAUACUGACUGCUACCACACACAGACCUGAACGAGUCACUGAAAUAGAGCUUGGCCACCACCAAUGGAUAUAAAAAUGGCUGACAAUUUUACUACACCCUCUACAACCCCUCGGGGUGAUGACUGUGAUCUCUAUGCACACCACAACACAGCAAGGAUAUUAAUGCCUCUGCAUUACAGCCUUGUCUUCGUCAUUGGGCUUGUGGGAAACUUGUUGGCCUUGGUUGUCAUUGUUCAAAACAGGAAAAAAAUCAACUCUACCACCCUCUAUUCAACAAAUUUGGUGAUUUCCGAUAUACUUUUUACCACUGCAUUGCCUACGCGGAUAGCCUACUAUGCCAUGGGUUUUGAUUGGAGAAUCGGUGAUGCUUUGUGCAGGAUAACUGCUCUGGUGUUUUAUAUCAACACAUAUGCAGGUGUGAACUUUAUGACCUGCCUGAGCAUUGAUCGCUUCUUUGCUGUGGUGCACCCUCUACGAUACAACAAGAUGAAAAGGAUUGAACAUGCAAAAGGAGUGUGCAUAUUUGUCUGGAUUCUAGUAUUUGCUCAGACACUCCCACUCCUCAUCAACCCUAUGUCAAAGCAGGAGGCUGAACGGAUUACAUGCAUGGAAUAUCCAAACUUUGAAGGAACAAAAUCUCUUCCCUGGAUUCUGCUUGGUGCAUGUUUCAUAGGAUAUGUGAUUCCGCUCUUAAUCAUUCUCAUCUGCUACUCUCAAAUCUGCUGCAAACUCUUUAAAACUGCCAAACAAAAUCCACUAGCUGAGAAAUCUGGUGUAAACAAAAAGGCUCUCAACACAAUCAUUUUUAUCAUUGUUGUGUUUGUUCUCUGUUUCACACCUUACCAUGUUGCAAUUAUUCAACAUAUGAUUAAAAAGCUUCAUUUUCCUGAUGUGGUAUGCAGCCAAAGACAUUCAUUCCAGAUUUCUCUGCACUUUACAGUAUGCCUGAUGAACUUCAAUUGCUGCAUGGACCCUUUUAUAUAUUUCUUUGCAUGUAAAGGGUAUAAGAGAAAGGUUAUGAAGAUGCUGAAACGUCAAGUCAGCGUAUCAAUUUCCAGUGCUGUGAAGUCAGCCCCCGAAGAAAACUCACGUGAAAUGACAGAAACGCAGAUGAUGAUACAUUCCAAGUCUUUAAACGGAAAGUAAAAAGGAUUCUAUCUUGGAUUUAUAGCAAAGUAAACUGUAUGACAAAUUUUGCAGGACUUUUCUUAUAAGGCAAAAUGAUUGUUCAACUUGAAUUAAGAUUCUUUUAAAUUCCUUUCAUUGGGCACUUUCCCACCUCCAACUUGGAAGUAAGCUCAAGAGAACAUAAAGCAAA